CUGUGUUCAUUUAUAUUGAUUCGCCAUGCAUAUUACAAAUAUUAAGACAACAAUACCAACGCUAGUCUCGUAAAGUGCUAUUUUAUUUUAAAACUAUCUACCAGUACACCACAAAGACCUACUAAAUUCAUGAUACGGAAUACACAGCAGACGAUAACGCUGAAUUAAUAACCAUCAUACGGAAACGUAUAACAAAUUUAAAAAUUACGAGAUCGCAGCACGAAUUGUAAGCAGACGAAAUGGUAUCACGAGUUUGAAUAAGAAGAAAUCGAAUCACGAGUUUUAAGCCGACUAGAUCGCGGCUGGUGUUUAAAUCAGAAGAGAUCGUAGCACAAGUAUAAAGCAGGCGCUAGCCCGAGCCCGAGGAUGUCGCGGAUUCCCGCUAUGACGCCACGCAGCGGCACGCAGACGACCCAGACGACAAAUCGAAGCCGCACGAGGUCGAAUCUGCCGCAGGCGGAACCCAAGCUCAAAAUCGGAAGUCUAGAUAGCGUAAACGAGCGUCUCACCACCGCGGCGAGCGGGAACACCCUACGGAACUCCCAGGGCGACCUGACGGCUCGCAGCAAUAACACCCUCCGGAACUCACAGGCCGACCUUACGGCCCGCAGUAGCGCCGGCGACGACGAGGAGUUCCAGCAGCAACAGCGCCCCGAGGCCGUCGAUAUGCCGUUCUUUAAGCAAGAUCCGUUCACUGAUGUCGUUUUAGCGCUGAAUGGGAAGCGUAUCUUUACGUGUCGGGCGCUGCUAGCGUACCACUCCCCGGUGCUCGCCCAGCUGCUCAGUUCCGGUUCCGUUAAGUCUAACAAGGAGAUGGAUAUCCCGGACAAGGAUUUCGAGGACUUUGUGGAGCUCCUUGCCUACAUGGACCCGCGGGUAGACUACCAGAUUACAGAGCAGUCCGCCAUUGCCCUACUUCCCCUAGCAGAGGAGUACGGUAUCGUCAGUCUGAAACGGCUGUGCGAGCAGACGAUCAUCCAAUCCUUCAGGCAGAUGCGAAGAGGCAAAAAACCGGGUGCACUUCCGGUCGAGAUUAGCCUCGAGUAUCUCCACCUGGCGGACAAAUACGACUUCCCGGGUCUGAAGAACCUUGUGACGGACGAGUUCGUGAACAGCGAAGACCCGAGCGCCACCAAGUCCCUCCUGGAGUCCGAACUCAUCUCGGAGCACGUGAAGCUGACCGUACUUGACAAGAAAGUGGAGAAGGUGCAUUUCGAACUUGACAAGGAACGCCGCGAGCGCACCGCCAUAGAAACCAAACUGACCGACUACGGCAAUAAGCGCUUCCGGCGUCCGUUACCGGACUAAGCUAGAGUGAUAGGGUCGGAAACCUCUUAAGAAUCAAAUCCACAAUCUCUUUCAUGUUCAUUUCAAAUCAUUCUUCGCUGACUUUUGUUCGUUAAAUUUCAAACUCGUGGUUUAAAUUAUGUAAUGAUUAGUUUUGAACGCAUGCCAUCUAUCUGUAUAUUUGCCUAUGUGCCAAUAGUCUUUGUCGUAGUUUUAUUACUAGCAAUCACAUUGUUUUCUAUAUAUGAUAAAUUAAAUGCAAACACAAGUUCAAUCAUUGACAUCUUUGACAAUGGAUGUUUACAAACACUUCGUUUAUUCAGUUUUCUUCACAAAAUACUCGGCCUUGCAGUAGAAUGUGGUGAAUGAAACUACAAUAUUGCUUGAUUUAUUCCUGGAGUCCGAGCUCAUCUCGGAUCACAUGAAGCCGUAUGCAAUGUACAAGAAUAGUGAAAAGGUGUAUUUCGAGCUGACAAGGAACGCCGCACGCACACCGCCAUAGAAACCAAACUAAACUACCGGACUAAACCAGAGUAAUAGGGUCGGAAAUCGUUAAGAAUGAAUUCCCCAAUCUCAUCCAAUCCGUGUUUAGUUGUAUUUAUUUCUGGCUGUAGUUUGCACGUCAUGCAAUUGAAAUACCGCUGUAUUCAGCAUUUCUAAGACGUGACUAGGCCAAUCUAUAAAAAACCAUUUUUAUUAAUCAGGUAUAUUCAUUGAAUCGCACGGGCCUAAUGUUGCAACAUUAAAAUAAAAAGUUUCAUUUUA